AUGCAGGUCCCCCUGAUCCGCCUCCAGUGCGGCGUCAACUCGUACGAAUGGGGCAAAAAGGGUGACGAGUCGGCCGCCGCACGCUUCGCCGCCGCGACGCCCGUCGAAGGCUUGUCGAUCCAGCCGGACAAGCCGUACGCCGAGCUCUGGAUGGGCAGCCAUCCGUCCAACCCGAGCAGGGACCUCGUCACCGGCCGCUCCCUCGUCGACCUCUUCGCCGACAACAAGGCGCUCCUCUCCCAGUCCAUCUCGGCGAGGUACGGCGACAAGCUGCCCUUCCUCUUCAAGGUGCUCUCCAUCAACAAGGCGCUCUCCAUCCAGGCGCACCCGAACAAGAGGCUCGCCGAGCAGCUGCACGCCCGCGACGCCAAAAACUACCCCGACGACAACCACAAGCCCGAGAUGGCCAUCGCCAUCAGCCCCUUCGAGGGCCUCUGCGGCUUCCGGCCCCUCGACGAGAUUGGCCACUUCCUCAAGACGGUGCCGUCGCUGCAAAGGCUCGUCGGCGACGACAACGCCGAUCGGUUGCUGGCCGCCGUCGCCGGCGACGACAAGAAGGGCGCGCUCAAGGCGGCCUUUGGCGGCCUCAUGUCCUCGUCGGCCGCCGACGUCGGCCGCGAGAUGGCCGAGCUCGUCCGGCAGGCCGACGCCGAGGCCGACGGCUUCGCUGGUGGCGGCGUGGCCUCGACGUCGGGCGCCGUCCUCGCCGAGCUCGUCGGCCGGCUCCACGGCCAGUUCGGCGACGACAUCGGCCUCUUCGUCCUCUUCUUCCUCAACUUCGUCACCCUGCAGCCGGGCGAGGCCCUCUUCCUCGUCGCCGACGACAUCCACGCCUACCUCUCGGGCGACAUCAUCGAAUGCAUGGCGGCCUCGGACAACGUCGUCCGCGCCGGCCUGACGCCCAAGUUCAAGGACGUGGCGACGCUCGUCGACAUGCUGACCUACAACUGCGCGCCCAUCGACGAGCAGAAGAUGGCGCCGACCGAGUACCCGUACGCGACGCUCAACCGGACCGCCUACAGCUCGGGCUCCGCCGUCGUCCUCUACGACCCGCCCAUCGACGAGUUCGCCGUCGUCCGCACCCUGCUGCGCGCCGAGGGCGCCAAGGCCACCUUUGAGCCGCUCGACGGGCCGAGCAUCGUCAUCUGCACGGCCGGACGCGGCACCAUCUCCAUCGGCGCCACCAGCCACGACAUGGCCGAGGGCCACGUCUUCUUCGUCGGCUCCGUCGCCGAGCUCGUGCUCGAGUCGCGCGGCGGCGACGAGGAAGAUGCCGAGCGGCCCCCGGUGGGCCGCCUUGGCCGAGAGGGGAGAGGGGAGAGGGAAGACGAGCAGGGGCGUGCGGUGUUGACCGAUGCGACCACGCUCGCCUACAUGCCGUCGCCGCUGCGCAGUUUGCAUGCCGUCCUGGAGCUAGCUCCUGAUGCCCGGCGGCUACCCGCCUCGAUUGGCCGCACGCGAGAUGGUGUCCUGUACAUGCACGUCCAUCCGAGCAUGCGAGGCACGGAUGGCUGUCUGCCGGUUGGCCAUGACGACGAGGCACGAAAUCCAAGCUCAGCCAUAACGGGUCCGCCUACUCCGUACGCCGCGCUCGGUGCCAUCGUGCGAGCCCCAUGCCCUCGAGUUGCAAUCAUCAGCUUCGAAUUCAUUCGCCCUCGUGCGUGCCCCAUGUCCUCGAGUUGCAAUCAUCAGCUUCGAAUUCAUUCGCCCUCGUCCGACUCUCCAUUCCCUGCCGUGCCUGUUCGAGCCCGGCUUGCGCCUACGGUGACCUGGGAUGGCAACGACACGACUCUGCGACGGCAACGGCGGAGAAGAAACGUAGCCGUCGCACGAGCUCGGUUCCAUACCGGUACGGCUGCACGGAUACGCUGCGUCGAGCGCGGCGAAGGGAACGCUGGGAGAUGGCCAUAUCCGCCAAAGGCUUGCCGCGCGCCACGACCAUCAUGGAGCCUCACCGCCUGGAAUUCUGCCGCCGCGCGCCUACCCGCAGUUCUUGCAGCGCUCCAACCAGGCACUCCGUACGGAGUACAUGUAGGGGCAAAGUAUAAGUAUACUUUGCUACCAAGUACCGGCACCGUGACCCUACCCUCCGCGCUUGGCUCGCCGUCUGGACACCUACCUCGCUCGGCAACGAAGCAACCUCCACGGUCCAUCGAAGGGAGCCAUCGACGCCGACGACACCCUCCCGCGCCGGAACGACAAACAUGGGACACACCUCUCGUGAUUCUUAGCCAUUCGCUCUCCUCGUCGUCGCCUCGUCCGUCUCGUUUACCCGCCCGCCGCCCGCCCGCCGCGCCGUGGGGUCGUGCCUCUCGGACGCCCUGGACCGGCCAGAUUUUCGUUUCUCCUCCUCUCGCUCAUCACGACACCGGAGCACUCGCAUGCUUCCCCCUUCGCCAUAUACCCUUCUUGCGGGCGAAAAGGAAACUCGGGGGCAACGACGACAGCCUGGCUGACAAGAAGAAGCGGCGCAGUGAGCUCCGCAACCUCCGGGAGGAGCUGGGACCGUUUUUCCAACCGCCGGCGUCGUCGAAGCGAAGCGCCGCCACCGCCGCCGGUCUCGGCGUCGGGUCCGAAGGUAGCUUCAAGGGGAGCCGUGGCGGCGUCGACAGAGCCGGCAGCGGCAGCGGCAACGGCAACGGCAACGGCGGCGGCAGCGGCGGCGGCAGCGGCAUCGGCAGCGUCGUCAUGUCGCAGCGCAACCGGAGCGGUCGCGGGUCGAACCGCAACAACAGCAACAACGCGCACGGCGAGGAGGCGCAGAUAUGGGACGCGUGCAAGUCGCAGAUGGCCGACAUCGUCUCGGGCAUCAACGCCGAGAACGACUCGCUCGGCCGGCUCGUCGACAUGGACAAGGAGGUCGGCGGCCUCGACCCGGAGAAGAUCCCGACGAGCUCCCUCAAGCAGAUGGAGCAGCUGUGCCGCCAGGGCGUCAAGUUUUCCGACGCCAACAUCGGCGCGCUCAAGGCCAUGACGGAGCAGCUCAAGAUCCUCCGCGCCGUCGUCGUCGCCAAGGAGGAGAUGGACUCGCCCGCCGCCGUGCCGGGCAAGCGGACGGCCUCGACGCGAGCGUCUGGUGGUGCCGCCGCCGCCGCCGCCGCCGCAGCAGCAGCAGCCGCCGCCGUCGCCUCGGGGGGCGAGGGCGCGACCUCGGCGGCGGCGGCGGCGGCGGCCUCGUCCCUGUACGACUUUGACGCCGCCGGCGACUCGCCCGUGCCGAGCCCCAUCGGAGGCUCGUCGAAGCGCGGCGACCGGUCGAGCAACCGGGACCGCGACAGCAUGCCGCCCAAGGCCGACAGCGUCGAGCCGCCGGCGACGACGACGAGCGCCUCGGCCGUCGCCGCCGCCCUCGCCAAGAGCAAGGUGGCCUUUAGCAAGGGCGACGAGGUGGCCUUCAAGCCGCGGACGGCCAACGGCGACCAGUCGUCGGACUGGAUCCUCGGCGAGGUCGCCGUCGUCCUCGGCGAGGGCAAGUCGCGCCGCUACAAGGUGCUGGACAUUGAGCCCGACGACACGAGCAAGCAGCGCGAGUACCGAUCGAGCGCGAGCAGUAUGAUCGCCAUCACGCCCGAGGCCCAGGCCGGCUCGCUCAAGGACUGGGAGGCCGGCAAGGUCGUCCUCGCCCUCUACCCGAACACGACGACCUUUUACAAGGCCGAGGUCCACAGCAUGGACGGCGACGGGCGGGUGAACCUGAAGUUUGAGGGCGAGAACGACUCGACGACGCUGCAGCAGGUGGAGCGGCGCUUCGUCAUCGAGUACCGCCAGUGA